AUGAGGGUGCAUGAGGCUUGCCACAGGAGAGUGAAGUGCACUAUCGACAGCCCGUCUCCAGAAUCGCAUGAUUUGCAAGAUCUUGACGAAUAUGUUCGAAAUCUUGUACAAGAAACGAUAGGGAAACGCGAAGCCGAAAAACCGAAAUACGCACAAGCAGCUACACUCGGAUUAGCCGGCUUCGGACUGACCACAUUGCUGUUGCAAUGUCACAACUUCAAGUGGAUGGGCGUAGGACCUAUCAUUUGGCUGGGAAUCGUAUUUGGCGGUCUGUGCCAAAUCAUAGCAGGUGUGCUGGAGUUUUACAGCGGCGAUAACUUUGGCCUCACCGCAUUUGGCAGCUACGGAGCGUUUUGGAUCAGCUUUGGACUGAUGGUCAUCGGCAACCACUACGGUAUCAGUCCGGCGAGUGCCACUGACUCCGGCUUCUUCCUGCUGGCUUUCUGCAUCUUCUCCGUCAUCAUGUUGGUUGGCGCCUUCGGCAUCAGCAUGGCUAUGGCCCUGACGUUCCUGACGUUGGUGUUCGGCAUCAGCUUCUUGUGUGUGGACGAGUUCGUGGGCAUCGCCGGCUUCAAGAUCGCUGGCGCCGUUUUUCUGUCCAUGGCUGCACUGAUCGCCUGGUACAUGAUGGCACACCUGAUCUACAAGCAAGUGUUCAAGUCUGACCUGCUGCCCGUCGGAAAGCCGCCGACUUUCUUUUACAAGCGCUAUAUCUCCAAGCGUUACGGACGACGUUGA